CAUUCUGAGGGAGGCUCCUGCCCUCCCUAGCAGACACCUGUCUUCUAAAUCAAGACAAGAUCCCAGCCUUGUUUCCCAAAACAUGAAUCAGUUAAUGAACUCAAGAAACUUCCAUUGUGGUUUGACACUGGCCAGAUGCCAAGUACCCACAAAAGUUGCUCACUUGCCCUCCCCUGCCACAGCUGGGCAGUUGAGUUGAGAUGAGGACUGGGAGAAGACCCUCCAAGGGCAAAACAGGCUUGGCUUAGAGGUACGAAGUUAAUUUGUUACUAACAAAAUUAGAGGAGGAUAAUUAGAAGUAAAAUAAGUCCUUAAAAACACCUUUUUUCUCCCAGCCCCUCUGUCCUUUCCAUCAACGGCAAAGGGAGAUAGGGCAUGGGGGUUUUGGUCAGGUCAUCACCCGAGGUUUUCUUCUGCUGCUUUGGGAGAGGAGUCCUUCCCCUGUGAGACCAUGGGGUCCCUCCCACAGGACAUUGUUCUCCAGGAACUUCUUCAACGUGAUUCCAAUCUCAUGAACAGUGGUCCUCCCAAAACUGCUGUGGCAUGGGUCUCUCCUCCCCCAGGGUGCAGCUCUCCAAGGACAGGCUGCUCCAGCCUGAGAGCCUCUCUCCCUACUGGGUCUCCCACUGGAGCACAGCCUCCUCCAGGCAUCCGCCUGCUCCAUCCUUCCCCACGGGCUGUGGGUGAAUCUCUGCAACCCUGUGGAUCCCCAUGGCUUGCAAGGCACAGCUGCUUCACCAUGGUCAUCACCACAGCCUGCAGAGGAAUCUUGGCUCUGGCACCUGGAGCACCUCCUGCCCCUCCUUUCCCACUGACCUGGGUGUCUCCAUGUUGUUUCCUUCACAUGUUCUCACAUCCUCCUCUGGCUAGGAAAAACCAUGUGUGCCCCACUUUGUUUUGAUUUGCUUCUUAAAUAUGUUAUCUCAGAGGUGUUACCAUCAUCUCUCACUGGCCCAGCAUUGGCCAGCAGCAAGUCCAUCUUCAAAGCCAUCAGGGAUCAGCUCUGCCAGACAUGGUGGAAGCUUCCAGCAGCUUCUCACAGAAGCCACAUCCGUAGCCCCCCUGCUACCAAAAGCCAGACUGUGCAAACAGAGCUUAGCUUGUUCAGAUGGGAUGUUCUUCUGAGAAUUUUCUUCUAAAAUCAUGCUCCUUGCCACGUAUUAGAUGUGAGACAUUUGAUGGGACACUCAGCAGUGUAUCACACACACUUACGGGUGGUGUUUCGCUGUGAGCUAAUCCUUCAUGGACAGUGGUAUCUAAAACCUCUCAUUUCUCACAUCACAAGAUGAAGAAUGAGGAAACUGAAAGAAGCAUGUAAAUUAAGUGGUUUCCAGUAAUGUACUGUCUGUAAUGCAGUUCUAAAUUUAGUACAAACAAUUGUAAUUAUGAAAUUAGCUUUUAUGAAAAAGUUUAUGGUGUUCUGCAUAAGCAGCAGUUAUCUGGUGACUAACAGAGCAGAAUCCAAAUAGCCCUGGAUGGAUCUGUUUUAGUAUCUGUGGCUGUGUAAUUUUGCCUUGCAUAUAGGGAAGUCCCCAUGUUAAAAUAGUAAGAAACCAAAUGCAAAUGACCUGCAAAAGCUGCAAGUACCACACCCAAAUUCCAGGGGAGGGUUACUGUUAGUAUUUAAUGUUUUUAAUGCAGCCAGAGGAAGCUUUUUUCUUUACAAGCUAACAAGGGCUCACCUUCUCCUCAUUUGUGGAGCCACUGGAGGGGCUGGGCUGGGAACUUGCCACGGGAAACACCGACUCCAUACAAACCACAGUGGGUAAACAAUUCUGGGUGAUUGCAGCGGGAGUUCCACUUCCCCAGGGCUUUAAGAAGAAGCAGAGCAGUGCCAGGGGAGAGGAGAGCAGCCAGGCAGGCAGGAGCAGGGUCUGGAGGAGAACAUUUCGGGCAGGAGCAGCAAUGGGGGACGCCUUCAUCCGACACAUUGAACUGCUGGGCUACGAGAAAAGGUUUUUCCCCAGCCAGCACUAUGUCUACAUGUUCCUGGUGAAGUGGAAUGACCUCUCUGAAAAGGUCGUCUACCGCCGCUUUACUGAGAUAUAUGAAUUCCACAAAGCACUGAAGGAGAUGUUCCCCAUUGAAUCCGGGGACAUCAACAUAGAGAACCGGAUCAUCCCGCACUUGCCAGCCCCAAAGUGGUUUGAUGGGCAACGCUCAACUGAGAACAGGCAGGGCACACUGGCUGAGUACUGCUACACACUUGUCAACCUACCCCACAAGAUCUCCCGGUGCCUGCAUGUGGUCAACUUCUUCAAGGUCCGUCAUGACGACAUGAAUCCUGUCACAGACAGCCAGAUCAAGAAGCCUGAGGUCUUCCUCCUGCCAAAGGAUUCCAAGAAAAACCUCACUGACAUCACAGGCCCCAUUGUCCUGCAAACGUACCGAGCCAUUGCUGACUAUGAGAAGAGCUCCAAAUCUGAGAUGGCUCUCAAAGCUGGGGACAUGGUGGAUGUUGUGGAGAAGAGCGAGAAUGGCUGGUGGUUUUGUCAAUUGAAGAAUAAACGAGGCUGGGUACCUGCUGCCUAUCUGGAGCCAUUGGAUGGUCCUGAUGAGUCUGAAGAGCAGGAGCCUAACUAUGCAGGUGAAGCAUACAUCGUCCAGAAAAGCUACACUGCUGUGGAAGAGGAUGAGCUGACCCUCAAGGAAGGUGAUGCCAUUGAAGUCAUCCACAAGCUCCUUGAUGGCUGGUGGGUCAUCAGGAAGGAUGAAACCACAGGUUACUACCCCUCCAUGUACCUGCAGAAAGCUGGGGAGGUGAACACCUCUGUGAAGAGUGAGCUGAGGAACCGGGGUGCUCCUCCACGGAGAUCCACCAUCCGAAACGUAAAGAGCAUCCACAAGCAGGGCCGGAAGCAAAUCAGCCAGGACACCUAUAGGAGGAACAGCAAGAAGUACAUCCAGAACCGGCGGAACAUGCGGGGAAAUUCCCAGAGCAAGGCCAAUGUCAUCAGUAAGUCUCAAUGGAACUGGAAUCCUGCAGUUGAGAAAAAUGAGCCAGAGGACAACAAGCCCAAGGCUCAACCUGCUGUUCCUCCCCGUCCCAGCAAAGACCUCAUCCUGAACCGCUGCACUGAGAGCACAUGGAGGAAGAUCCUGUGAGGAUCCUGUGAGCCCCCACACCAGACACCCAAAGCUUCAUCUCCUCCAGCUUCUGUGCAGCUAGGGCUCAGAGCUGGACCAGGGAUCCAGGUGGAUCUGGCAGCCACCACAGGCCAGGGAGGAUGGUGGCCAUGUCAGCCCAGCCCAGUGCCCAUCCUCAUCCUCCAUCACAGCCAGCCCAAGGUGUCCUGAUAGCACUUUGAGGAGGGACCAGCACUGCUCUACCAGCUCCUUAGAACCACCAAAAAUCCUCAUCUCCAGAUGCCCUUCUAUUACCUCUUUGUAUUUUGAAUUAUGUUUUUUUGUUUUCAUCAAUAAAGGAAAGACACUUGAUAGAC